GGGUCUACCCUACAGCAGACACGCCCCACUCCGGGCAGAACGGGCUGAGGUCUCAGAAUACGUCACUUCCGCCCCCACCGUGGGGGGGCCCACAUGGAAGGGGCGGAGCCGCAGCGCAGGCGCGCUGCCCUUGUGUCACUUCCGGCGAACCCAUCGGCGACAUCGGCAACAUGGCCCUGAACGGCGCUGAAGUCGACGAUUUCUCCUGGGAGCCCCCGACUGAGGCGGAGACGAAGGUGCUGCAGGCACGACGAGAGCGGCAGGAUCGCAUCUCCCGGCUCAUUGGCGAUUAUCUGCUGCGCGGUUAUCGCAUGCUGGGCGAGACAUGCGCGGACUGCGGGACAAUCCUCCUCCAAGACAAACAGCGGAAAAUCUACUGCGUGGCUUGUCAAGAGCUUGAUUCAGACGUGGAUAAAGAUAAUCCGGCAUUGAAUGCCCAGGCUGCUCUCUCCCAAGCUCGGGAGCAUCAGCUCGCUUCUGCCACAGAUCCCCCCUCAGGCUCUCGGCUCACACCCCAGCCCCCAGUACCCAGGCCGGAGCACUGUGAGGGAGCUGCAGCAGGGCUAAAAGCAGCCCAGGGGCCACCCCCUCCUGCAGUGCCUGCAGAUGCAGAUGCGGUGGCUUGCACACAGAUGGUCCUCCUGAAGAAGCUGACCUGGGCUUCAGCUGAGCUGGGCUCAAGCGCCUCCCUGGAGACUAGCAUCCAGCUGUGUGGCCUUAUCCGGGCCUGUGCUGAGGCCCUGCAGAGCCUGAAGCAGCUGCAACACUAAGGAUCCCCCCCCCCCCGCCGCCCAAAUCCUGUAGAAAAACAGCUGUUCCUCUGUGUAGUUUA